AUGAGUUCACAACGUGUUUAUAAAGCCGUGAAUCCUGAAAAGAUUCGUAGAUGCUUUACUCAGCCAAUGAUGAAUUUAUCUAGAGGCGAGUCAAAUAAUUCAUCCAAAGUAUCUCCAUUCAGUGAUAAAGAAAAGUUUCUUUUCAGUGAUCCAGAUAAAACAUCAAGUAAAAGAAAAAGUUCAUCAGAUAAUGAAAAAUUAUCUAAAUCAAAAUAUAAACUUGUAAUUGUGCUUCCUCUGAUUUUAGACAGAGAUUGUGUUCCCUCAAAGCAGCCCUUUUCGUUUCAGAUUGAUGAAAAUCAGCUUUCUGAAUUUGGAUUCGAUUUGCCAUUCAAAGCUUUUUUCGAUGAGAAAAGGAAUUAUUUCAUUUUCAACAUCUGUGAGCAAAAACUAACCAUACAGAUAAUUGCGAUUGCUGAUAACAAAUCUGAUCUACUUAAAUGCUUCCAAAGCAACGUAAGACAGAAUCCGAUGUGGAAGAAUUUGAAAAAGAUCUUUUCUAAUUGGAAUUUAAAAGUUAAACUUCAAUAUGCUCCACUCACUGAGGAAGAAGAUGCUCCAGUUCAACAUGUUCUUGGUCCAAAGAUAAUUGCAAAUAUUAUGAGCGAGUUCAAGCGUGAUGUUAAUUUGGGUGCUGAAAAACAAAUUCAAAUCAAAAAAACAAGAACUGAAGUAAACAAACAACAAGUGAAAAGCCUAAAGGAUUGUUGA